UUUGGUUGCUAGGGGGCGGAGCCUAGCGCUCAUUCGUUGCUGGCGUCACGCCGCGGAGAGUUCCGCAUUCCACCGCGCUCAGCGAUACAUAAACGCGCUGAUGCAACGCGAGCAGACGCACAAACGAGCUGAACGGACGAACAACCGCACCUAACGACAGCAAUGAUGCCUGGUCAAAUCCCUGACCCGUUGAUGACGGCCGGUUCUCUGCCCAGCGUCGGUCCUCUGGCUGGCAUUCCCUCCACCACACUCACAGACCAGCUCAAACUUGCAGAGCUCUACAGCCUCGGUACGGUUCUGUCUCCUCUCAUCCUGAACAGACAUGCCAAGAGACCGUUCGACGUCAUCAAUGGUGAGUCAGAUGACGAUGAAGAACGCAAGAAAAGAAGGCGAGAGAAAAAUAAAGUUGCAGCUGCUCGCUGUCGAAACAGAAAGAAGGAAAGAACCGACCAGCUCCAGAAGGAGUCCGAACGGUUGGAGACGCUGAACUCGGUGCUGAAGUCUCAGAUCGAGGAUCUGAAAUCUGAGAGACAGCAGCUGAUCGUGAUGCUCAACCUCCACCGGCCCACCUGCAUCGUCCGCAUAGACACCAUGAAAAGCACCGAGAGCGAGUAGCGAUCCGAGCAGUCCGACUGAACACCACACCACAAUCACGGGGGAGAACAGACACUG